ACCCUCACGGCGGCCGUUCUCUCCACUUUCCAGGUGACACCUGGGACUCUCGCUCUGGGAGGGAGACGCGGCCGCACCGUCUCUGAUCGCAGAUCCGCGGGCGCCGCUCGCCGAUCCUCGCGCAGCCGCAGUUGCAGUGCUUGGGUGGCCAGGAACCCCUCAGUGGGCCCUGAAGGGUAGUUUGGAGCCGGCAUGGCGAUCUGUGGUGGUCAAGCGUGUGCUCUCUGUUGCUGGGUUCGGCUGCCUCCGCCCCUUGCUGGUUGAUGUGUGGCUGCAGACAAGGGCCUUCGCUCACCGUCUUUCUCAGGGAUGAUAAGCACUACCCACAUCAGGAGAUCGCCUCGGAUGGUGGCCUGCGUCCAGCAGCCCCACAGCUCCUCCCAGCUCUCCUGAGGCCGCAGUGGUCAGCUCUCCUGACCGUCAGCACUUGCCUGGACCGCCCGGGUUUGCCGCACCCCUCUGUGGCCCAUCUCUGUCCUGCUGUGUCCUCUGUGCUGCCUCGGUCCACCCUUGCCUCUGCGCCGGCUCUUUCUCCCCUCUUGCUUGUAGUGGGUGUGGCAGCUCCGCUCCGCUCCCAGCAUGCCUCGUGGCCAACGCCUUCAGCAGGGCCCUCACAAUCCCGUGCAGGCAGCAGCGAGUUACGCCAACACACACACUUGGCACCAGAUGGACUGGGCCUCUCCUGAGGUCACCUAUGCCGCCGUAGCAGACCACUGGAUUGAGCAGCCCUGCUGUGGCGGCCCUGUGUGUACGCGUAUGACCAUGGAGCAGAAGAGCAGGGUGAGCGGCGCUUCCGGCAGUAAGCCCACAGAAAGGGGGCCAAUGGCUGUGUGCCUUUCUGGCCCACAGCCCCUCAGUGAUAACCACUGGGCACCAGGCUUGGACCCGGGCACCUUCAAUGGCUCCCCAUGGAUACUGGACUGCUUUUUGGCCCACUUCUACAUGUACUUGCACUUUGAGCACUGCCAGGACAACCUCGGCCACAUCUGCGAGAUCCUUGGGUGCCUGAUGGGUCAAGCCCAGGUGUGGGCGGCCCCCGACCUUGACAGGCACCUUAGCACUGCGUCUGACGAUUAUGAGCUCUUUGGCCAGGAUCUUGAGGAAGCUAGUCAAGACCUGAGCAGUUAUGCUGAGAACCAUGCGCAGUGCCCCGCUCCUUUGCCAGCCUCCAGCCAGCCACCAGUGGCCCUGCAGCUGCCUGUGGCAAGACAGUACUUAGCUGGGUUCCGGGCCCUGGCACUCGACAUGGGGACAUCCCAGGCCUGCGCCAGCUGCCCCGGCCGUUCCUGCUCUUCCCGGCCCCAGCUGCCUGAGCAGCGGCUGGCCACAGAGAGCGUCACGGGGCCCACGGCCUUGUCCACGCCUGCGUGUAGCGCUGCUUCUGGUCCGGUGGGGCCUGCCUCCUCCAAGCAAGGAGAAGGACCCCAAAUCUGUCUCUACUUUCACAGUCUGCUGGACCCCUGCCCAGAAAGAUCCAGCUCGUCCAGGGGCAUCCAGAGCCCCAGAAGACAAAGGAGGAAGGUUUUGAGACGGAGGGAGACCGGCGGCAUCCCUAGGUAGUUGGCAGGGCAGCAAACGCCCUGGAAGCCCCAGGAGAGCCACCAUCUCCCACUCCCCACCCCACAGCCCUGGAUUCUGAGCACAGCCCAGGCAGAGGCGGCAGUGUCUCUGCAUGAAGGAGCCUGCCUAGCCAGGGAGCCCCACAGCCCCCUGCCAGGACCGAGUGGCAUUGCUGCGUGACUGUGGGCAGAGCAUGCCAGGUAUUGCCCUGUGCACUUGCCCCAGUGCUGGACAGGAGGGGUGCUUGUUUGAGCUCCACCCCAUCUGUGCACAAGUAGCCCUCUUGUCCCCUUCCCUGUAGUCACAGCAGGACAUUAUUGGCCUCUUCCCUGUGCCCCUCAUCGUCCAAUUGCCCCCAUGGCCAAGGGGCUAUCAGUCCCCAUCAGAUAUUUGUAUGUCUCUGUAAGCCCCAAAACCAUACCCUUUCAUCGCUGGUUGGACUGAACUUGAUGUGCCACGUCAGCCCUGUUGGGCUCUGGUACCUGAGGGUGUCCCUGCCUUGGCCCCCUUGUCCAUCUUGUGCCCUGUGACCUCUGUCCUCUGGUCUGGAAUUUAAGGAAGGCUACCGGAAGGAAACAGCCACUUUCAUCAUUCAGGACGACUGGGAUGGUAUCUCGAGAGAGAAGGAUCCUUCGCUGGGAGUUGGCCAGCAGCCUGGCCAUCUGGGGAGUUGGGAUGUAAGCUUAGCCAGUCCCGGCUGUACUCCAGGCAUUUUCCCAUUCUGUAUGUGUACAUUCUAGUCAUACCUGGUUUUCUUCAGAAGUCGGCAUGAAUUCCUGUGUCUCAGUGCCUUUGCCCGCCAGCUUUCUGCUCUUCUUCAGUCCCUGCCUCCCACCCACUUGUGCACAUUGCUGGUUCAGCACCUAAACCCCAGUACUGUAAAUGACCCUGAGCCUCUAGGGCAGGGCCUCCAUUCCUGGUCUGCUUUAGGUCCAUGGUACACAGUCGGUGCUCAUUAAAUGUAUGUUGGAUCCACAGCUGAGCCUGUAGUGUGAUGGCCGCCAACAAGGAGAGCCCUUAUUUCAUUGGCUGGAGCACUGCCUGCAUCAGGAGCAAAGUCUGGUUCCCAGCCGAGCACCCCACGCCAGUGCUGCAGGUGUGCUUGUUUUCAGUGGGGUCUUUGAGGAUCUGGUAGAAGGUGUUUGCCUGAAUGGGUGGGAAUAGAAGGCUUGGGAGCGGAGUGUGACCUUGAGAACUGACUUCCAAGGGCCUCCAGAGGUGAAAGGCAGCCAGAGCAGAGCUGUAAGGCCCCAGGGGCCAGAGGAUUGGAAUGAAGAAAGACCUGUUCUGCACAAGGAUGGGGUUCCUAAUAGUGAGUGCUGAGCUCAGAAGUUCCCUCAAUCCAGGUUUAACACAGGAUGGGUACAGUCACCACUCAGAGGGGCAAGAAUUUCAGGCCUCUACAGUUUUACAGUUGUGGAAACAAAACAAGAAUACUUUCCUAGAAAGUAGGAAGAAAAAAUAAAUAGAAAUGUGAACUGCAACUAAAACUAUUUUAGGAAAAACAGUUUAAAACAAACAUCUGGUAAAAAUUUUUAAGUAAAAUAAAUGGGAUUAUUUUAUCUAGUAACUCACUUAAAAAGGCUCUGGGUUCAGAUGGUUUUAUGUGUGAGUUGUUUUAAGGUACAGAUACCUUGUAAGUAAAAGAGCUGCCAAUCUUGGAAAUAGGUGGAAAGCUGAUGUAAUUAAAGCAAGAUGACAUAUCA